UAUACCACUCCUAACCAUAUCCCGAAAACUGACGAGCUGUGACACACACUGCUAAGAAGUGUUUGUUCGCGAAUCUAACUCAGAAACCAUGGUGGUUGUUUCGCAGCCUCUGUGCUGCAACACCAUUAUAACCACCGCCAAAACCUUUACUUCUUCUUCUUCUUCUUCUUCUAAACAACCACUUCUGAUUCCACAAUUUCCAUCUUCUUCUUCUUCUUCUUCUCCUUCAACACACUUUUUAUCUUUCCGCACCACUCUCACCCGUUCCCCUUCUCCUUUUCCUCCACCAUCUCUUUUGUUUGCGACGCCGGAGAAUCAAUUGAGCGUUGGGGAAGGAGAGGAGGAUACUCAUACAAGUGAUUCAGCACUUCAAGAUUUUUAUUCUUUGAGGAGAGAUGUUGAAAUUGCAUCACAGCGUGUCAAAGAGAUUAGAGAAUCAUCUGCUCUACAGCUAUUGGAGCAAGAACUUGCCAACCUUGAAGAGGAAGCGUCUUCUAGCUCCUUUUGGGAUGAUCAAGCCAAAGCUCAACAGACUCUUUCGACAUUGGCUGAUGUCAAAGAUAAGAUAAAAUUGCUCAAUGAGUACAAGACUCAGGUUGAGGAUGCAGAAACAAUAGUUAUGCUGACAGAGGAAAUGGAAUCCGUUGAUAAAGGGCUUUAUGAAGAAGCUUCUAGUGUUAUUAAAGAACUGAAUAAGUCACUUGAUCGGUUUGAGCUGACUCAACUUCUUUCUGGUCCCUAUGAUAAAGAAGGUGCUGUAAUCUCUAUUACAGCAGGUGCUGGAGGGACUGAUGCACAGGACUGGGCGGACAUGCUUCUUAGGAUGUACGUGAGAUGGGCUGAGAAACAAAGAUACAAAACUAGAGUGGUUGAGAAAUCUCCAGGAGAAGAAGCUGGAAUUAAAUCUGCCACCGUCGAAGUUGAAGGUCGUUAUGCGUAUGGGUAUUUGUCAGGGGAAAAAGGAACCCAUCGCAUUGUUCGGCAAUCCCCUUUUAAUUCCAAAGGUCUUCGUCAGACAAGCUUUUCUGGUGUUGAAGUCAUGCCUCUCCUUCCAGAAGAAUCUUUGAAUGUUGAAAUUCCCGAAGAGGACCUGGAGUAUAAUUUUUCAAGAGCAGGUGGAAAAGGAGGUCAGAAUGUUAACAAGAUUGAAAGUGCCGUUCGAAUUACACAUAUCCCAACUGGUGUCACUCUUCGCUGCACAGAGGAGAGAUCCCAACUAGCAAAUAAGGUGAAAGCUUUACGCCGUUUGAAAGCCAAGCUGUUGGUGAUAGCUGAAGAGCAACGUGCAUCUGAAUUUAAGCAGAUUCGAGGAGAUGUAGUGAAGGCUGAAUGGGGACAACAAAUUAGAAAUUAUGUCUUCCAUCCAUACAAAUUGGUAAAGGAUGUAAGAACAGGGCAAGAAACGACAGAUAUCACCUCUGUUAUGGAUGGAGAGUUGGAUCUCUUUAUUAAGUCUUACCUCAAACAUAAGUUUAGUAUGACACUGUCUACAAGUGGGGUCAACUAAUCAAUGUAUAGAGGAUCUAUACUCAGCUGAGGGGGAAAGGUAUGGCUGUUGUAUCAUGCGACCUUUGUAAACUGUGAAAUUAAGAUAGCAUAUGAGCUUCUUAAACGCGAUUUUGUUAUAAAAUUUCAGGUGUAAUUGUAAUAUAUCAAAUCUGAUCGGCUCUUAUAUUUGAUUUGAUUAUUAGGGAAAUAGUAGUUGUGUUUGGUUGAAAAAUUUCACUACAUUUUGAUUUUGAUUAA